GCGCGCUCAAUAGAGCUCAGUAUGGCUCAAGUACUCGCGGCUUCUACACGCUCGAAAAAAUGUCAGACGCAGAAGCCACUUCUCUGUGGGCAGAACUAACCAGUCCCAUAAACCUGGUUCUCUUGGCUUUUAUAGUGUACCUUAUCUACAAGAUUUUACAGUCGAAAUUCGAAUCGGACAUAGAUGUGCCACCUCCGCCACCGCCACUGCCAAAGAUACGUAAGGAUUUAACAGUUGCUGAACUGAAGCAGUAUGAUGGCACUGCACCUGAUGGAAGAGUUUUGCUAGCUGUUAACACUAUUAUUUUCGAUGUCACCAAAGGAAAAAGGUUUUAUGGACCAGGUGGUCCAUACGCAGCCUUCGCAGGAAAAGAUGCUACACGUGGUCUAGCUACUGGACAGGUGGCAUCAAGCGACAAAGACUGGGAUGAUGUAAGCGAUUUAUCCGCAGAUGAGGUAGCCUCAGCCAAAGAAUGGGAGGAGCAGUUUAGAGAAAAAUAUGACAUCGUCGGUCGUCUUUUGAAACCAGGUGAACAACCAAAGAAUUAUGAUGAAGAAACUGAGGAUAAAAAGGCGCAAUAGUUGUAAUAAGUUUUUUUAAUAAUGGUUGAGAAUAAAUAUUUUUAUAUAGGAAUCUGAUAUAAUGUUGAGUUAUAAAUAAAAUAUUUUUUAAAGGUAA